UGCAGAGUGCUGCAUAAAAGCCGCGUCCUGCUGGCUGUCUCUCUUUCACCCUGUUUUGCUUGGGCUGAUGAGCGCUGAGUCGCUGAGCUUUCAACGUGACUGAGAGGUUUUUGCUUUUGAAAGGGGCCCUGUACGCAAACAACAUUGACUAAAAGAGUCUUUGGAAAUGUUUUUCUUCCACCAGAACGUCCUGAGCCUGUUGCAGUAUGAGCCAUGGGGUACGAUGUCAACCGCUUUCAGGGGGAGGUAGAUGAAGAUUUGAUUUGCCCAAUUUGUAGCGGAGUUUUGGAAGAACCUGUGCAGGCUCCACACUGUGAGCAUGCAUUUUGCAAUGCCUGUAUCACCCAAUGGUUCUCCCAACAGCAGACGUGCCCGGUGGACCGCAGUGUCGUCACUCUAGCCCACCUGCGGCCCGUUCCCCGCAUCAUGCGGAACAUGCUGUCCAAACUGCAGAUCACAUGCGACAACGCCAGCUUCGGCUGCACGGCUGUGGUGCGGCUCGACCAGCUCACCUCCCACCUCAACGACUGCGAACACAAUCCCAAGCGACCCGUGACGUGCGAACAAGGAUGUGGCUUAGAAAUGCCCAAAGAUGAGCUGCCGAACCACAACUGCAUCAAACAUCUUCGCACUGUGGUGUUUCAGCAACAGGGGAAAAUAGCGGAGCUGGAGAAGUCUUCAGCUGAGCACAAACAUCAGCUGGCAGAGCAGAAACGAGACAUUCAACUUUUGAAAGCGUACAUGAGGGCUAUCCGCAGUGCAAACCCAAACCUACAGAACUUGGAGGAAACCAUUGAGUACAAUGAGAUCCUAGAGUGGGUCAAUUCAUUGCAACCUGCUAGAGUAACCCGAUGGGGUGGCAUGAUCUCCACCCCUGAUGCAGUCCUGCAAGCAGUCAUUAAGCGGUCUCUCAUUGACAGCGGAUGCCCAAUGUCUAUAGUCAAUGACCUCAUCGAGAACGCACACGAGAGGAACUGGCCUCAGGGCCUGGCAACACUAGAGACUCGCCAAAUGAACCGCAGGUUGUACGAGAACUAUGUAGCUAAACGGAUCCCAGGGAAGCAAGCUGUGGUGGUGAUGGCCUGUGAGAACCAGCACAUGGGAGAUAUCAUGAUCAUGGAGCCUGGUCUGGUGAUGAUUUUCGCUCAUGGAGUGGAGGAAAUCUUUUAACGCAAAUUUUUUUUUUUUUUUUUUCUCUCCUUCUGAAUUGAAGUUUGUAACGUGAGAAGAAUGCAAGACUUGCCCUUGCCCUCCAGAAUAUCUUUGGGGAGCAGACUUCGACAUGAACAAAGGCUUAAUGCCAAAUUGCAUUAUGGAUUGUUUGACCACCACCUUUGAAGCUCCAGAACUCGCUUAAAGAAAGAGUUUACAGCUCACAGAACCUUAGUCCCAACCUUUUGUAUUUAUUCAUCAAAGAUUUAAAAGCAGAAAGUACAAUUCUGAAUCCAUUCCAGAUGCCAUACAAGAAACCUAACACUUGUGGUGCCUGCAGUGGCUCGUUGUGCUCUAUUUAAUAUCUUUGGUCUUUUCCCCCUUUUUUUGUUUUAAGUAGAAAAUGUUAAUGGACAAUAUUUUUAUUGUAGUAGAUGUUGUUAACACUGUUUCAGUGAACAAUGCAAAACUUUCCGAGAGGUUUUGAGGGAUGAAUUCCUGAGGUUUCUGUAAGAGCAGACCUGCUGGGCAAACUAUAGAUGCUAAUAUUGUAUGCACUACAUGAUGGCUUAAUAUCCACUAAAGCAAUCUAAAAGGCUGAUUUGCUGCAAUGUGUCUAUACUCGGGCAUGAUAUAAAAAAAACUUAUGCAAAAAUCCAAGUGACAGCGUGUAGAGUGAUGUUUAGUCCGUGAAAACAACUUGAUAACGUGAAGUGUGAUCUUUCAUUUUCAAGGCAGAGAAGUAAAAAUUGACACUUUUUAACAGGGCAAGCCAAUUGCAGUCCCUUUUUUUUAUGUUAACCUCUGCCAAAUUUAUUUACUUCAACCUAAUUCCUGCCUUUGAGUUUGCCUUAACUGAACCAAUUGUAAAACUGAAGUCAAAUGAUAUCUAAAAUGGAGUCCUGAUUGCAGAAGUAAAAGUGCUGUGAACCAAUAAACUCUAGGUAGAAUAUGUGUAUGUUUUUUUUUUUUUUUUUUUUUUUAGUUAAAUCUUGCCAUUUGUUUUGUCCACAGAUUAGGAUUGAGAGAGUUGAUGCACGAACUCUCUCCUAGUUUUCCAGCUGAACCAUACAAAUGUGGAACACUGUUUAGCUUCUGUUAGGACUUGGCGAUAAGUCUGUGUGGUAUUGAUUCACUCCUGGGUAGAUUUUACACUUGAUGGAUCUGAACUACUCUCCAUCUAAGACCCUCGUGCGGUGGCACUUCCAGACAAAUCUAUUGUGCAAGUCUUGAAUGUAUAUCGUUUUUGAGCAUCGUGCAUAUAAGAUGUAACAUUUGUUCCAAGAGGGUGAAAAUUAGGUGGCUUAAGUUUCUUGAGGGAUUUAAAUAAUUUCAGUGCUCAGACAAGGUGAAAGGAAACCCCCUUUUUCUAUUCUUAGUGGUUGCACCUGAGGAAGUUUGUGACUUCUAUUGAAGGGUCUACCACUGUUAUGGACUCUACUGAGAUGUGAAAUAACCUUUCCAGAAAUCUUUCAACUUUUUUUUUUAAACGGUGAACCUUGGCUUUUGUCUGAUUUUUGGGCUUUCAGUCGGCAGAGAAAUAUUUUAUCCUACACUUUUUUGGGGCAAAAAAAGAAAGAAAUAUUGGAUGGUUUAAAUUAAAUGUAGGUUUGUACACAAGUUUGCAGUAACUAGAAUGUUUCAGCUUCUAAGCAUUGCAUAUUCUUGACCAGUCUUCCCAUCCUUUGAUCCUAUUUCUACAAGUUUUUCUUUUUUCUCUCUUCCCUCUUUGUGGUAAUUUAAGCCAUGCAAAAGUAGUGUUGAUGACUUUUAUAUUUGGAAGCUUUGCAUCCUGUCAGAUGGCACAUGACCACUUUUGGCCCAGUACUCUGGCCUACUGUGACUGAGGGGAAAACCCUGUAAAGUUAAUUUUUCUUUUGCGGGGGGACGGUGUUGAGGAGGGCUGGGCACUUGUAGUGGAGGAAAGAAACGCUCAGUCUGCCUUAGUUGGUCUUGUGCAGAAAAUUGGCCCCUAGAAGUAUUACUUUAAUCUCAACUGUACAUCCUUUGCCUAGAAUUGCAGUCCUUGCUCCAGUGUUUUUUGCUUUGCAGCCAAUGGCCUUUUGAAUUAAAUCCGUCCUUAUGGAAACUAUGGCAGUGUGAAUUGCUGUUCAUAACAAGCUUGCAUUCAUUUUGACCACGGGGAAUUCUGUUGUGAUGAAUGUGUGGCACUUUGCAUUCCUGUAACUUCAUCACUUGGGGAAUAUGCCAGAGUAUCUCUGUCUGUCUUCUCGAUGGUGGAGUGCAAACCUGCUUUUCUGCGCUUGAUUUCAGUGGGGCUGUUUAGAUUUGAAGGCAUUUCUGUAAAUGUUGGCAUGCGGGUUUAGACUUGUCAGCGUGCUUUAAUGCUGGAAAGUGGUCGGGAGCAAAAGGCCUGAUGUCUUUUUCUUCACAGUGUGAGGUUCUGGGUAGGGAGGGCCCUCCUUCUAGCCAUUCUCUUGGAGCUAUCUAAUAGUCUUUUAUUCAUUAGUUCAAAUCAUCAUUUCAAAACAAUAGUAGAUUUAAUUAUUUGGUCACACGGGAGUAAAUCUCUCAAACCACACUUGAAACUUUGGCCAUUCCAUUAGUCUUAAAGACUAUGGUGCUGGUUAUGCAGUAGUUGAUAUAAAUGGUUAUCUAUUGGAUACUGUACAUGGGAAGAUGAAUGGUAUUAGAAACUGUUUCCGUGCAGUAAAAAAAGAUAAAAUGAGCAAUCUUGUAUGAAGUGUUACUUUCUUUUUGUUGCUCUGGAAAACAAUUCAAUGCUUUGUUUUAAUUUUAUAAAAUAUAUAUGUAUUGUCUGUCUGUGUGUGUGCGCACCUUUUUAAAGUGGACCUCUUGGGUACACCAGUUAUUUUGUGACUUGGAGAAGUGUUUGAAGUCCAGAAUUGUCACCUGUAGCUGAUUAAUUGUGUUGUAUUUUGAAAAGCUGUGGCACUUGGUAUUAAUGAACGAAACACUUUCUAAAAAAAUAUAAAUUAUCUGGAAAUAAAACUCCAUCGUAUGCA